AUGACAGACUCGUACGUGGUCGUAGGCUCCUUGCUGGCCAUGCUGGCCACCGCCGUGCUGUUCCUGCGGGAGCCUAAGCCUAAGAAGGACAAACUGGCCGAGGAGAUGCUGCGUAUCGGCCAGCAGAUGAAAAUGUACAAGGAAGCGGCCGAGCCCGCGCCUUCCGUCCAACAACCCAGCGUCGAGGAGAGUCCCGCCUACCCUGGCGGUCGUGUAGCCAUCUUAUUCGGCUCUCAAACUGGCACUGCCGAGGGCUUCGCUGAGGUCCUGAAGGCAGAGGGACGUAAAGCUGGCUUCCAGACCCACGCUAUCGAUCUGGAGGACUACGACGCGGCCUCCAAGCUGAAAGACGAGAAGCUGGUCAUCUUCAUCAUGGCUACAUAUGGUGAAGGUGAUCCGACUGACAAUGCCGUGGAUUUUAUCGAUUUCCUUAAGGAUAAAGCGGGAAAUCUGGAGCCGAAGACGUUCGACAGCGUCCACUUUACUGUCUUUGGCCUCGGUAACACCCAGUACGAGCACUAUAACGAGAUGGGACGCAUGACUGAUAGGUUUAUGGAAAAGUAUGGAGCCGAGAGAGUGUUCCACUAUGGAGAGGGCGAUGAUGACGCCAGUUUGGACGAAGACUUUGACGACUGGAAGGAGCCACUGUGGAGAGCUCUGAGGAAGCAGUUUAUCGCGGGAAACAGUGAGGAAGAUACCGAAGUGAAGCAGGACGAGCACAAGCUGACGCCUCCUGAGUACGAGUACGAACUGGUGGAAAUCCGCAAGAAACAAGUGGAAAAUGCGCCCAAAGAGGUCAAAAUGAAGGCGUCGACCAAGCAUUUCUUCACGGCCAACCAGGCGAAAGUUGUGGUGAACCGAGAGCUGCGUCUGUCGACUGCGGGAGGCUCCACGGUGCAUGUGGAACUGGAUCUUCGAGGCACUGGAGUGACCUACGAGACGGCCGAUAACCUUGCUGUCCUGCCUGAGAAUGAGACGAGAGUCGUCGAGAGUCUAGCGACUCGUCUGGACUUGGAUUUGGACCAAUGGGUGGCUCUCAAGCCUGUGGCUGAAGAUCUCCACUGCGAGCUCCCGUUCCCGUCUCCAAGCACGAUCGAAGACAUUCUAACACGUUAUCUGGCAAUUAACAGCGCUCCACGGCAUGAGGGCAUGAAGACCCCACAAAGCAAUGUUUGUAUUGUGGAGCGUGCGCUGUUCCUAUGGCAAGAAAAACAUUUGCAGUUUGCCUAUGAGUAUUACUACACGCUACACGCUGAUCGAGUUCGAUAUCUAGCUGCAAGGGCUGUUACCUACAAACCAUUGGGUGUUACCAUGCAAUUAGCCACGUAUGUACGGAAGGUUUUACGAUGGGGGCUUCAAACCCUUGACACAUUUCUGAACGGGGAUGCUCCGGGGACGAUUUGGUGCGACCAAGAUGAUAAGCUGCUAAAGAACUCGAUGGAUCUCCAACCGGUAAGCGAGCUCACUGUGGCUGAUGCAAAACGUCUUGGGGUCUUUGAGGGCUUGAAGGCAUGA